CAGAAGGUACAAAAAGAACAAUAAUUUCCUGUUCAAGAUGUUGUCAGGUUCUUGGAUUGUGAUUCUUUUCAUUGCAAGUUUAUCUUUGCUAUGCUUGUGCUCAGCAACAACUGUUGAAUAUGAUUCCCAUGCCAUUAUCAUUAAUGGUGAAUGCAAAAUCAUUUUCUCUAGUGCAAUUCACUAUUCUUGCAGCAAUCCUGAGGUAUUGAAAAUAUCAUUGUUCACUAGUUGGUGCUAGUACUUCUGGAAAACAAGUAGUUCUUUUAAAUGCAUUUCCUGAUUCUAAACUUCUAAGUAUUCUGAUUAUGUGGUGAUAGACAGAUGUGGUCUGAAGGAGGGCGGCCUUGAUGCUAUUGAAACUUAUGUCUUCUAGGAUCGCCAUGAGCCUGUUUGGUGGCAGGUUCAAGGCCUGGGGUGGGAAAAACCCAUAUGGGACCGCUGAAGAUUUGGCAUUUUCCGUUGCUCGAUUUGUCCAAGCUGGUGGGGUCUUGAAUAACUAUUAUAUGUAUCAUGGAGGAACCAACUUCGGAUGCAACGCCGGAGGUCCAUGUAUAACUACAUCAUAUGAUUGUAAGGCACCAAUGGAUGAAUAUAGUAAUCCACAAUUAAAUCUAUGUUGAUAUAUACUUUAAACCUUGAUUGAUGUAUUGCCUGCAAAAAAUAUCAAAUAUUGCCAUUACCAAUGUCAUGGCAUAAAAGUUUAAGACUUGCAGGGAAUUUGAAUAAGCCAAAGUGGGGGCAUCUCAAGCAACUCCAUGCAUCUAUAAAAUUGGGAAAGAAAAUUAUCACUAAUUGCCGAUUGCUUUAUCGUUUGGAUUGAAGAUCCUCCAUCCUCGUACUCUGGAGGACCUUUUAUUGAUUGAUGUAUUAAGGUUUUUGUAUUCCUUAUACA